GAAAUUUACUUCUGAAACAAGUGCCUGUGGUUGGAUGACAACACGUUGACUCAAAACCAAGUGAUGUUGUUAAAAACCACUGGUAGGAUUUAUCCCUGUUUAUCAGUGACUAUACUAUAUUGGUCGCCAGGUAAAUGCGCUAAAAUAUAUGGAGUAAUCUGCACACAAUUUCAAUAUAUGAGAUUGUGUGUCUACUGCGAGUCAAAUAGUGUGCAAGGAUAACUCUGAUCUCUAAAUCGGAUGCCAGAGUGAGACUAAGCCGGUACAGUGCAGUCGACACAAGCCCAGUUAGCAAGUACAUAACACAUCCUUUCUGGAACUGGGUGGUUGAGUUUGUACCAAAAUGGAUUGCACCCAAUGUAUUGACCUUGACAGGAUUUGGUCAGCUGAUGAUGAACUUUGUCCUUUUGACCUACUAUGACCCCCACUUUUUUUCUGCCAGUAGGGACCAUCCUGAGUGUCCCCCUAUUCCUAACUGGGUGUGGCUGGUCUGUGCAUUUAACAACUUCAUGUCACACACAUUAGAUGGGAUUGACGGUAAGCAGGCACGGAGGACAGGGUCCAGCUCCCCCCUGGGGGAGUUAUUUGACCACGGACUGGACAGCUGGGCCACCCUGUUCCUGCCCGUGGCUCUGUAUUCUAUUUUUGGCCGCGGGGAGUAUGGAGUGGGGGUGUUUAGGGUGUACUUCAUCGUGACGGGAGUCAUGCUGUGUUUUAUCCUCUCUCACUGGGAGAAAUACAACACCAAAAUCUUAUUCCUACCCUGGGGCUACGACCUCAGCCAAUUGGCCAUGACAGGAGUAUAUCUUGUGACCUUUGUUGGGGGUCAGAGUAUGUGGAAAUUUAAAAUUCCAGUGAUAGAUAUCUACUGCUCCGAGUUUAUAGAAAUAGGAAUGUAUGUUGGAUUCUUUGUUCUGACUUUCCCAGCAACUUUCUGGAAUAUAUACAAAUCUUACCGAGAUAAAACAGGUAAAAUGUACGGGCCAUGGGAGAUGAUGCGCCCCCUAGUGUCCACGUUUAUCUUAUUCUUUCUGAUGGUGUAUUGGGCGCGUGUGUCCAGCUGUCAGGUGAUGGAGUUACAGCCCCGCCUCUUCUACUGGACUACAGGGACCGCCUUCUCUAACAUUGCUUGUCACCUAAUCAUCAGUCAGAUGAGUGAUACUCGAUGUGAACUCGUUAACUGGCUCCUCCUACCUCUGGUUGCUAUAGUUACGACGUGUUCACUGCUGUCACUCGGACAAGUAGAGGUUUACCUUCUGUGGGGAUAUUGCUGUCUAGUCACUGCUGCUCAUAUUCACUUUGGGGUUCAUGUGGUUCAAGAAAUGUGUGAUCAUUUCAAUAUAUCAGCAUUCACAAUAAAACAAAAGGCAUAGAGACUUCUUUCACCUUGGUAAGGCAGCUGAAGGUCAUUGUAUCAUUGUCUGCUGUGGUCUGUGGAGAACAGAAGCCUACACAGAUCAGGAAAUCUGGCAGUCAGCCAUGUUCAGCAAGAAGACCAUCACCCAAGUUCAGGAAGAGAGAAGACCAAUCCAGGAGUUUGAGAAUGUUUUAUGUUGAUUUCUUUUGAAUUCGUUCCUGUGAUUUGAAUUACUUUCAUCUAAAAUGUGCCAUUUACUUUGUUAACAUUGUUGGGAGUUUUAUACAGAUACUCUCUGUGCAUUAAACUGAUAGAGCUGAACAAAUACCUCAUUUCAUAAUCUAGUUCACUUGAUAAGUUUAGUUGAGUUUUUCUGACCAAGCCAG